CGCAGCGGCGUCCAGAUGCGCCUGUCUCGUGCCGGGCGCGCGGGGCUCUCUGGGAGUUGUAGUCCUUGCGCAGGCGCGCUUGGCUCCAGAGCGCCGCCUCUCCCAGGGUGCAGUGCGGGGCGGGGUCUGGGAGGGAGGCGUCUUGGGUGUCGCCCGGCUAGUGUGAGCGCAAUCGAGGUCACGUGCUCUCCAGUCCGGGCUGGAGCAGGAGCGACCGCUAUGUGGCGAAGUGGCUGUCGGCGUCUCGGAGCGCGGCUUUGCGGGCUGCGCGGUGGUCUCGGGGUCCCCGCCGAGAGCGGCCACCGGAACGUGGUGUCCUGCAUCGAUCCUUCCAUGGGACUAAAUGAAGAGCAGAAAGAAUUUCAGAAAGUGGCCUUUGACUUUGCCACCCGGGAGAUGGCUCCAAAUAUGGCAGAGUGGGACCAGAAGGAGCUGUUCCCAGUGGACAUGAUGCGGAAGGCAGCCCAGCUAGGCUUUGGGGGUGUCUACAUACGAACAGACGUAGGUGGGUCUGGACUGUCACGGCUCGAUGCCUCUGUCAUCUUUGAAGCCUUGGCUACUGGCUGCACCAGCACCACAGCCUAUAUAAGCAUUCACAACAUGUGUGCCUGGAUGAUUGAUACCUUUGGAAAUGAAGAACAGAGGCACAAAUUUUGCCCACCACUCUGUACCAUGGAGAAGUUUGCUUCCUACUGCCUCACUGAGCCAGGAAGUGGGAGUGAUGCUGCCUCCCUUUUGACCUCAGCUAAACGACAAGGAGAUCAUUACAUCCUCAAUGGCUCCAAGGCCUUCAUCAGUGGUGCUGGUGAGUCAGACAUCUAUGUAGUCAUGUGCCGAACAGGACAGCCAGGCCCCAAAGGCAUCUCGUGCAUAGUUGUUGAGAAGGGGACCCCUGGCCUCAGCUUUGGCAAGAAGGAAAAAAAGGUGGGGUGGAACUCACAGCCAACCCGAGCCGUGAUCUUUGAAGACUGUGCUGUCCCCGUGGCCAACAGAAUUGGGGACGAGGGGCAGGGCUUCCUCAUUGCUGUGAAAGGACUGAACGGAGGGAGGAUCAAUGUUGCGUCCUGCUCUCUAGGGGCUGCUCAUGCUUCAGUCCUCCUCACCCGAGACCACCUCAACAUUCGGAAGCAGUUUGGAGAACCUCUGGCCAGUAAACAGUACCUGCAAUUCAAGCUGGCUGAUAUGGCAACAAGGCUGGUGGCCUCCCGCCUGAUGAUCCGCAGUGCAGCAGUGGCUCUGCAGGAGGAGAGGGAAGAUGCAGUGGCCCUGUGCUCCAUGGCCAAGCUCUUUGCUACGGACGAAUGCUUUGCUAUCUGCAACCAGGCUUUACAGAUGCAUGGAGGCUAUGGCUACUUAAAGGACUAUGCUGUUCAGCAGUAUGUGCGGGACUCCAGGGUCCAUCAAAUCCUAGAAGGUAGCAAUGAAGUGAUGAGGAUGCUGAUCUCUCGAAGCCUGCUUCAGGAGUAGCACCCACACUUGAUGGUCUGGGAUGAUGUUUAAUGUGCACCUCCAGUCAGUAUUGAGUGGUUCCCUGUGGACUAUUCAGUUACAGAUGAGUCACAGAUUAGAUUGAAGGGCCGACCUCUUCCAGGUGACUUGUUCCCUCUGUGUGCUGCCAACAGAGUCCUCAGCAGAACUAGAGGAGAUGCCCUUGUUGGGAAUGUCACAAGAAGAUGUGCUACCCUGUUUUCCUAAUGCAGAAAGGUGACCAAAGAAGAUUCACUACCAAACCAGAAUCCUUUCUUGGAUCCACAUUGUCUUGAUUUGUUACCAGCAUUUUGCUGGUUCACCACAUUUCUCUUCCAGGGAUCUGGGCACUUGCAUUGAGGGUUUUUCCUUAUUAUAAAGCAAAGGUGUGUGGGGAAGGAGAAUUGGAGAGAAAAUGUCCUCUUGUCUUUUUCUGUCCUCUGAACCUCAGCCAGAGAUGCAGAAGGUUUCUGUGGGUCACAAUCCUCUAGAUGUAAAUCGUGAUAAAAUGAGUGUUUGGGAAACUCGUCCCCUAAGCUGUGAUUUAGAGUGUGUCUGCACUUCUGGACUGCCUGAAGAUCAGAAGCUGAGACUGUUUGGAGCUUUGAAUAUUUGUUGUUAUUUUCUUUUUUACAAGCAUGUGAUCUAGGAAUGCUAUUGAAAGUUCCUAUAACCCUUCCUGAUAAGUACUUUUAGUGUAUUUUUUUCUGAGUUUUUGUUUUCUUUUUUGAAUGUUUUUAAUCACUACAUUGAUAAAUAAAAUCUGCCUCUCUCUGUACUGUC